CUUUACGACACUGUUGAUGUCCGAGGCUUUUGUUUUCUCCAGCGGAUGUGUGCAAUUAGCAUCUGUUUUAAAGUUAUGAUUUAGUUUUCUACAGAAGUUGUUGUUAAAUGAGUGUUUUUGAUUUGUUUCGCGGGUUCUUCGGGGUACCUGGAGGUCAUUAUCGUGGCCGAAGGGACCCCUUCUUCGAUGCCAUGACACAUGAUGAUGACGAUGACGACGAUGAUGAUGAUGAUGAUGGUGAUGAAGAUGGAUUUUACUAUGAUGGGUGCCGGGGGGAUCAGCAGGACCCCUUUGACAGUGCUUUGAGGUUUGGCUUCAGCUUUGGCCCCGACGGGAUGAGGAUCCAGGAGCCUCCAGUGUUUGGCCAGGUGCUCAGGGAGAUGGAGGAGAUAUUCUCCCAGCUGGGCCGCUGGGAUGGACAGCCAGGCUCUGGACACCUGGAUGUUCCCAGUAUCAUGCCGCCACCACCCCAGGACAGAGCAGAGAGGGGUGGAACGGGAUCCAGUAGGAACCCCCUCAGAGACUUCAUGCUCAAAUCUCCUGACAACAACCCACAAGGACCCCAAGCGGGGCCGUCUAGAGAGCCUAGCCACCCGUCUCAUGAGUCACCAGAAUUUCCUAGCUCACCAUUCCACGGCUGGACACCUUUUUCAAAGUUUAAUGAUAUUUGGAGAAGAGAACCACAGAGAGCGCCAGAGGAGGAGCGCAAAGAAGACAGAGAUCUGGACUCUGCAGUGUCAUCUCGGGGCUUGGAUGAGAUUCUGACGCCACCUGCUGGUCAGGCACCAAACCAGCCCAGGACUCGCUCAUUCUUCCAGUCAGUCAUUGUCACCAAGGUGGUGAAGCCUGAUGGGACUGUAGAGGAGAGGCGAACAGUUCGAGACGGCCAAGGCAAUGAAGAGACCACAGUGACCCGCUCAGGAGGUCCUGGUAGCCUGGAAGGACCAGACCAUCAAACUGGACCUGUCAUACCAGGUCAUCAGAACCCAUUUUCAGACAUGCGGGAUGAUGACUCAUUGUUCUCCAAAUUCUUUGGAGGGUUUAAAUAACAUGUAAAGUGGAGCAUAUUCAUCGGACCGGGCGACCCCAGCUUUUGUUCCUUGAACAUAUUUCAGUCUAUGAGUGUUUCUGUAGAGCUGUGAGUUUGCAUAUGUAUAGGAUACAUCUGUAUAUGGACAGAACACCUGCAUGACCUUCGGUUGCCAAAAUGAAUAUGUUGGAUCAGGUUCUCCGGUCUGUUUAAGGUCACAUAGAGUUUCAACUCAUAUAGACUAGAAGCUGCCAAUCCCGUAGACUAGUGAACGAAUCAAAAGACUUCAGGAAGUAAUCACUUCACAAAUACAUAUUUUAUUUUUGAAUUGUUCUGUAAGAUAACCUUGUAUGGAUGUGAGUGUGUGAUAUGUCAAAUAAAGAGUCUUAAUAUAUUUACACAA